AUGUAAGUGGCACUUGAUUCGUCCAUUAAUGCGAGUCUUCAAUCACGUAUACUCGCGAAGGUUCUUACGGUUCUUACUGUGGUUUUCGCAUUGCUUCUUUUUCUUUAUAUUGCUCGUGUUUCUCCCGUGCGUUUUGUCCCUGACGAACCCUCCUCAUGAAUCCCCUGAACAGCCAUUCGGUUCUCAUGAAUGUCUCGCAGCAUUCGGUGAUUCAGGCCGUGGACAAGGAGAAGAUCUUCCAGUGGAUCAUCGAACUGUCUAACCCGGAGACCCGCGAAAACGCUCUGUUGGAACUGAGUAAGAAGCGCGAGGUGGUUCCGGACCUUGCACCGAUGCUGUGGAAUUCCUUUGGUACCAUCGCAGCUCUGCUACAGGAGAUUAUAAACAUAUACCCUGCCAUUAAUCCCCCGACAUUGACUGCACACCAGUCAAAUAGAGUGUGUAAUGCCCUGGCCUUGUUACAGUGUGUAGCAUCGCACCCCGAUACUCGCUCUUACUUCUUAGCAGCCAACAUUCCCCUCUUCCUGUACCCAUUUCUACACACUGUUAGCAAGACCAGGCCAUUUGAGUACUUACGGCUGACCAGCCUAGGCGUGAUUGGCGCUUUAGUCAAGACCGACGAACAGGAGGUGAUCAACUUCCUGCUGUCGACGGAAAUCAUUCCUCUCUGCUUGAGGAUCAUGGAGUCCGGCAGUGAGCUGUCCAAGACGGUGGCCACUUUCAUUCUGCAGAAGAUUCUUGUGGAUGAGACCGGACUCUCCUACAUCUGUCAGACUUACGAACGCUUUUCUCAUGUGGCAAUGAUCCUGGGAAAAAUGGUUCUGUCGUUGGCUAAGGAACAGACUGCGCGCCUUCUGAAGCACGUGGUCAGGUGCUACCUGAGACUCUCUGACAAUCCUAGGGCUCGCGAAGCCCUGCGCCAGUGCCUGCCGGACCAGCUGAAAGACAACACCUUCGCCAGCUGCCUGCAGGACGACAAGUCGACCACGCAUUGGCUCGCCCAGCUCCUCAAGAACCUGGAGACGGCCCCCGUGACCGACCCCCGCCUUACCUACCAGGCCUCCCUCGCCCCCCAGUAGCCCCGGGCCGGACGCUCGGACCGCUCAAGUGUGUUCACUCCGCCGCACUUCUCGGUGCUCUCCUUCGGACGCACAAACUCUCGUCCGGGAAAACGCGGCCAUCCACAAAUGUAACCAGAAAACUGCCGUUGCUACUUGUUUUUUUUAAUUUAUUGUUGUACUACUAUAUUUUGUUCUUUCCUAAGCUGACAGUGCGGUGGAGGCUGGGUGCUUGUUGGACCAGUUGUACAUUUAUAUUCCGUAACAUAACCACACCCCUGCCUGCACCCGCGCCCAAAGGGAGGGGUCGGGCGACGAAAAGGGAGGCUGUUGAUUGGUUCCGCAUGCAUGCAACUUCCACCACACUGUCGCCUUGGGUGCGAACGGAGCAUAGUUCCGGUUGUCCUUGAAAUCCGUCGAGAUUACGACCGUUCGGCUUCGGAUCACCGCUGGCAACUCGCAACAGUUGGUGCUGGUUCGUUUCGUCUCUUUCUUAUGGAGUGUGACCUUGUAAUUUAUUUUAGCGGUUUUCUUCGAAGUGGCAACACUUUUUUUUUUUUUGCGGAAUUUGGUUGUACAGUUGGUUCCGUUUACUUUUGUGUGUCCCGUUCUGGCGGGAGUAACUUAUACCAUGUGAUCUCUGUUGGAUUAGAGGUGGCUAGUCUGUAAAUUCCUGGAAUGAAGCGAGAGCAGUUUGCAUACAGCUGAGCGGUUUGCAUACAGCUUCUAUACUCGGUUUCACCCUAUGUUGGAUCGCAGCAGAUGCUAUGAGCCAUCUCUGCCGAUCCAGCGCCGUGAAUGUGUCGCGUGACUGUGUGCCCCGUGCAUCGAGGUGACACUCGUGCGGCACUGGAUCGGUUUUGAUGGCUCGUAGCAUUUGAUGCGGUCUAAUGUCGGGCUAAACGGAGUGUAACUUCUGUGGGAUACUAGGAAUGUGUGCUUUAAUGCCAACCUGAGAAAAAGUUGGUGUGUUCCAGUUAGGAUCGGGUACUUCGGGAUGCCACUGAGAUUACACUAAUGUUAAUAGCCACAUUGAAAAUGCACAGUCAGCUUCACUGUUAACUUUGUCAGUGGAGCCAGUGAUCAAAAGGUGGAUAGGCAUGUUGGCAGCUUGGUGUUGGUUUCUUUCUAAGCCUUGCCUCUCCUCAGGAAGCUGAAGUGGUGAGAUGUUACCAGUGAGGACUUGUUUCCAUCCAGUCACCUGCCCACCUCACUUAGUUUUCAUAGUCCCUAAGUGUACUUUGUGUUUCAUUUGUUCGCUGUACAUUUGCUCUGUGGUAGGUAGAACCUGUGCUCAUUGUUUAUCCACAUGACAGACAAGCAGUUGUGCAGAGUUGAACGCUUCUGUAAACCAGACCCAAUAGGCAUUCAGAGCUUUGCUUAUUUCAAUCAAAUUGAUGAUUCAAUAUACUUUUUUUUUUUUUUUGCAUUUGUAGCCAUUUUGUAUACAUCUAGAAUUGCAAUGACACAUUCAAUGUUUACGGAUAAACCAGCAGUGCUCAACUGAUUUGUGUUGGCACCUAGGUGACACAGUAGCCGAUGAUCCCUAUUCUGGGUGAAUUGAAUGUUUGCUGUAUAAUCAUGCUUUGGAGCUUAUUUUAUUGCUAAAUUAUUUCGGAGCAAAGCAAGUGUGAUCUUGUUCACAACAUUUCACCUCUGAAGAUACACACUCCCAGUGCUAAUGCCAAAAGAGAAAAAAGAUAUACACGAGAGGUUAUCACAAAUCUUGAUUUGUGCUGACUUUGAGCACUACUUGCAGAGUGUUUUUUUGCACCAAGUCUCCUGGCUUCCAAAGGAAAAUGUAUAGUCCACGCUUGUAUCAGCCACCAAAUGAUGUAACAUACUGUUCCAGAUGGUUACAUCUGAUUACAACAUCAUGUGCCACUUUGUCAUUUGUGAUUUCCAGAGUACAAAGAUGAUUUUUUAAGCAAUAAACGGCGUCGUUUCGAAAUGCA